AGGAAGUGGGUGUUUCCAACCAAUGGUAGCGCGGAACGCAAGUUUAGCGGGUGAUUCGGUCGUUGUGUUCUCAAGAUCUGUUCGCGGGAAAGAAAAGUAGCAGAAACACGGAAAAAGACCACCAGCUAACGAUCUGACAAACCUAUCUGUAAUAUAAAAAAAUUCCAGAUCGUUUUCUACUGGAGUGUAGGCAUGCUUUUCCGCUCGAUUGUUGACAGAGGAGUGGGCAGGCGAAGGCAGAACGCCCUCCCUGCAAAUUCCCAGCCCAGUCACCCGCUGAACUCUCUGCUGGAAGGCUACCAGUGUGUCCGACAUGAUGAGCACAUCUCCUACGGCAACCUGGGUGACUCCGUGCCACCGUUUGGGCUGGCUUUCUCCUCUGCCGGGGACCUGCAGAAUAUCCUUGCAGCAGCUAAUGAAGAAGGAAUUGUUCGGAUCUACAACACAGAGAGCCGUGAAAGGCCUCUUCUUAAAGAAUGGCUGGCCCAUGAGAAUGCUGUCUUUGACAUAGCCUGGGUACCGGGGGAGCCUCAUGUAGUGACUGCAGCUGGUGAUCAGAUGGCCAGGCUGUGGGAUGUGAAGUCAGGGGAGAUGUUGGGCAGCUUCAAGGGUCACCUCUGCAGCCUCAAGUCUGUUGCAUUCACACCCCAGGAGAAAGCUGUGUUCUGUACUGGGGGCAGAGAUGGAAAUAUUAUGGUCUGGGACACCAGGUGCAGCAAAAAAGAUGGUUUCUACAGACAGGUGAAACAGAUCAGUGGCGCUCACAACAAAGCAGAGACAAACCCCUCCACCAAGACAAAGAAGAGGCGGAGCAGCACACGUGGCAUGGCUCCCAGUGUGGAUACCCAGCAGAGUGUCACGGUGGUUUUGUUUCAGGAUCAGCACACCCUCAUCUCUUCUGGGGCUGUCGAUGGAGUAAUUAAGAUGUGGGACCUGAGGAAGAACUACACCGCACACCAUCACGAUCCUGUUCCGCUGCAGACGUACCCGUACCCGGGGUCCUGCAUGCGCACACGACUGGGUUAUUCUGGUCUUGUUCUCGACUCCACGAGAUCCCACGUCAUCUGUAACUGCACUGAUGAUAAUAUCUACAUGUUCAAUGUCAGUGGAAUAAAAACAACUCCAGUGGCAGUCUUUAGUGGCCACCAGAACUCGUCAUUUUAUAUUAAGUCCACUAUCAGCCCAGAUGACCAAUUUUUGGCCAGUGGCUCAAGUGACAAUCACACAUACAUCUGGAAGAUCUCUGACCCUAAACAUCCUCCCAUGAUGCUCCAAGGCCACAGUGAGGAAGUGACAUCAGUUGCUUGGUGCCCAACAGAUUUUACUAAGAUUGCUUCUUGUUCUGAUGACCACACUAUAAGGAUCUGGAGGCUUCACCGGGAAAUGGAUGGAGCACAGUCUUCAGUGGGACAAGCCAACCUCGUUGGCUGGGCACGUCCUAAGUCUCCCUCAAGACCUUUGAUCAGAGCUGAAACAACCCCUGCAAAGACUCCGAGGGCAGAGAGUCUUUGUGGCCUGGCGUCACCCCAGCUUGCUGCCUGCGCUCCCAGUGGAGCUGCCUUGCCUCUGCCUUCCAGCACCAUCUCACCCAUUCCUUCUCAGGACGUGAAAGCUGCUGUUGUUCGCCAGAGAACACCAUCUUCUAUUAAGCAGUGGUUGUCCCCGAGCCAUGAAUCACCCGAUCAGGUCAACCAUCCGCUUCGUCGGGUGCUGAGCCCGUGUCCCCAGGGCCCAGCGGGCAGCACCUCUCCCACUGAGCGUCGGGCCAAACGCAGACUGGACACGGGUGACGGUGCAUCUGCAAGCUGUGAGCAUGCAGAAGAGUGUGACUGUGUUGCUGAACUCUACCCUACAGCUAAGAGAAGCCGGACCCUGUCUGGAAUCUGCUGCCCUGCUCAAGAGAGCCGGGUACAAACAGAAUGUCAGACAGAGGACGACAAGCAAGCCUCAUCGAGACAGAUGGGCAAGGAGAAUUGCUCACCCAGAGCAAUUGACUGGCUGUCAGUGAUGGGCCAAAAGAUGAGGAAAGGUCAAGGAAGCCCCAGUACCCCCAGAAGCCCCAGUGCCUCUAAAAAACAAGAAGGCAAGACACCAGCUUCACCGACCAUCCGCUCACCACAAACCAUGAAGAAAAUCUCCUCCUAUUUCACAAGAAGGCCUCUGGAGUGACCACUUGUGCCAGUCAAGAUGCUCUGUGCUCCUGUUUAUUUUUU